AGGCCUCCCCCGGCCCGAGCUCCUCGGGCCGCGUGGGCACGCGCCCUCGGCCAGCCCCGUGACCCCGAGAGGCCCCUGCACGGGCCUGGCCGCGAGCUGCCGCGGCCGCUCCCGCCCCGUCGCCGCCAUGCCCGCGGCCGUCCGCAGCUUCGCCUCCGGCGCCGAGCUCUGCGCCGGCCUCGGCGCCGCGGUCGCCGAGGUGGCCGCGCGGUGCACGGCGGACAAGUUCGCCGUGGCCCUCAGCGGCGGCUCGCUGCCGGUGCUGCUCGCCUCCGGCCUGCUCGCGGCCGAGGGCGUCGACUACUCGAGGUGGCACGUGUUCUUCGCCGACGAGCGGGUGGUGCCGCUCGACGACGCGGACUCGAACUUCCGGGCCUGCGACGAGGCCCUCUUCAGCAAGGUCGGCAUCCCCCGCGAGCACGUCUACUGCGUGGACGCCUCGCUCUCGGCCGAGGAGGCCGCGGCGGCGUACACGGCGCAGCUGCGGGCGGUGUUCCCAGGCGACGGGCCGCCAGCGUUCGACCUCGUGCUGCUCGGCAUGGGCCCCGACGGUCACACGGCCUCGCUCUUCCCGGACCACCCGCUUCUGCAGGUCACCGACCGCUGGGUCGCGCACAUCGAGGACUCGCCCAAGCCGCCGCCGCAGCGCAUCACGCUGACGUACCCGGUGCUCAACGCCGCCGCGCAGGUCUUCUUUGUUUGCACCGGCGCGAGCAAGUCGCCCAACCUCGCGGUGGCGCUGGGCGUCGCGGACGGCUGCGUCCCCGCGGGGGGCGUGCAGCCUUCGAGCGGCAACCUCGUCUGGUUCGUGGACGACGAUGCCUCGGAGGAGUACCGUGCCAAGUCGGCGUCGGCGCCUGCCACCCCGGCGACCCCGGCAGAGGUGGCUUGACGCCUGCGGCAGCGGGGCUCCGCUGGUUGCCGCCGGGCGGGCCGGGCGGCGCAUGAGCCGCGCGCGCUUCACGCCGCCGCCUUCCCGCCUCUCUGCCUCCUCGCUCUCCCGGCCGCCGUCCAGUCCUUCACAGCUCCGCCUCUAGGAGGGGGCGGCGCUCGCCCUCGGGGCGCUCCGGAAAGGGAAGCUGCCUUCGAGGGAAACCUUCCUGCCAAAACCCGCCUGCAGGAGGACGUGCCUGCCCUGCUGCUGCCCUCUCCCUCCCCUGCGGCGGAGCCAGGGCGAGGGCGGCCCGCCGUGCGGAGUCCCGCGGAGGGCUCGCGGAAGCCUCGGGGGCAGCGAUCGGAGGGGAUCGGCGUGUGCAGGGGAGAAAAGACCCGCACCUCGUAAGGACAAGAAGCGCUACAGUAGG